AUGGGAUUGGGUGAGGGUUUGAGAUUGCUACAUGAUGACAAUGCAUGUUGUGAGAUUCCUAAGCACAUUGGUGAUGGUGGAGUAGUAGAUAUCUAUGUUGAGGUUCCUGCAGUUCAGUAUGCAAAGGACAGUGACUGGGAAUUGGAGUUUUCUGAAGCUGAUGAUGAACAAGAGGAAAUAUAUGUUGAUGUUCCUUCAUCUAUGCCUACUAAUGUUGAGACAACCCCAGAGAAGCAGAGAGAUAAAGACUUGUUUUCAUUCAGACAAUUCUACAAGUCUCCAUCCAAGUGUCCUGCAGAGAAAGGAAAGGAACAUGCAAGCAAACUAGAAGGUGAUAGUAGUGAGAGUUCAGAUGUUGACUGGGUGCCUAAAGAUCUGGACAGCUCUGGAGAUGAUGAUGAAACACAACAACUGAGACAGUUUGCUAAGCAAAUCAAGAAGGACAUCAAAUGCAAGAAGACAGGAGGUGGAUUAGAGGCUGAAGUAGACAAUUUAGAAGAUGAUGGCAGUCCAUAUUUCAACUCAAGUGAUGAGUACUCAUAUGAGGAGGGUAGUGAUGGAGAAACUAUCAGGUGGAGGAGCACUGAAAAUAGGUAUGACAGUAAAGCUCAUGUGCCUAUGUUUGCUCUUGGAAUGGCUUUCAGGUCUAGUAGACAGUUCAAGAAAGCACUUGUUAGGUAUGGGUUGACAACACAUAGGCAUCUUUUGUUUCCAAAAGAUGAAAAGAAUAAGGUUAGAGCUAUCUGUUCUUGGAAAGGAUGCAAAUGGUUGAUUUAUGGAUCUAAAACUAGUAGGUCAGAAUGGUUCAAAGUAGUCACAUUUGUGGAUGAACAUUGCUGUCCACCUAGGAGGGAUAACAAGCUGGUGACAUCAAGAAGGAUUGCAGACAAAUACAAAGAUCAGAUAAGAGACAACCCCACGUGGAAGGUGGACUUGAUUAGGCAAGCAGUUCUAAAUGACUUUCUCUGUGAUGUAUCUCUGUCCAAGUGCAAGAGAGCAAAGGCUUUGGUGCUGCAGGAAGCUUUGGACUCUACCAAAGGAGAAUACUCAAGGGUUUAUGAUUAUCAAAUGGAGUUACUAAGAAGCAACCCUAGUAGCACUGUGGUAGUGAUGUUGAAUCCUGACAUAAUACAGAAGCAAGUAUUUCAGAGAUUCUAUGUGUGCUUUGAUGCUUGUAAAAAGGGGUUCUCCACUGGUUGCAGAAGAGUUAUUGGGCUAGAUGGUUGUUUUUUCAAGGGGGCAACCAAUGGUGAAUUGCUAUGUGCUAUUGGAAAAGAUGCCAACAACCAGAUGUACCCUAUAGCAUGGGCAUAUGUUGAGUUGGAGACUCAUGACUCCUGGUAUUGGUUUAUUGGUUUGCUGCAAAAAGACCUUAACAUCAACAAUGGAGGUGAAGGAUGGGUGCUCAUUUCUGAUCAGCAAAAGGGUCUAUUGAAAGCUGUAUCAGAACUUGUUCCAAAUGCUGAACAUAGGAUGUGUGCAAGGCACAUCUAUGCAAACUGGAGGAAGAAGUAUGGAGGACAGAAGUUGCAAAGGAAAUUCUGGAGAUGUGCAAAGUCAUCUUCUCAAGUGAUAUUCAAUUACAACAGAGCAAAGCUAGCUCAAGAAACUCCAGAUGGUGCAAAGGACAUGUUGAGAACCUCACCAGAGCACUGGAGCAGAGCAUUCUUUAAGUUAGGAUCAAACUGUGAUUCAGUUGAUAAUAACAUGUGUGAGAGUUUUAACAAUUGUAUCAUGGAUUCAAGAUUUUUACCAGUAAUUUCUAUGAAUGAGAUUAUAAGAUGCAAGGUCAUGGCAAAUGCUAUGUACUCUGGAAUGGACAAGAUGGAUUUGAGGUGA